AUGGCGAUUGCCCACGUAGCCACGGAGUACGUUUUUUCCGACUUUUUGUUGAAGGACCCCACGGAGGCCAAGUACAAAGGGGUGCGUCUGGAGCUGGCGGUGGACAAAAUAGUCACGUUUCUUGCGGUGGGGCUGCCUUUGUUCCUCAUCUCGCUCGCUUUUGCUCAGGAGGUGUCAGUUGGUACCCAGAUCAGCUGCUUUCCUCCCACUAACUUCUCCUGGAGACAGGCCGCAUACGUGGACUCAUUUUGCUGGGCUGCAGUGCAGCAACAAGCUGACAGUUCCCCACUAUGGCUGCACAAGUUCUUUCCAUACAUCCUGCUCCUACUGGCCAUCCUCAUGUACAUCCCGGCCCUGUUCUGGCGUUUCACUGCAGCGCCGCACCUCUCCUCUGACCUCAACUUCAUCAUGGAGGAGCUAGACCGCUUUUAUAAUCGUGCCAUCAGGCUAGCAAAGAAUCUGGCAUCCUUAGAUAACAAGGAUGCAUCAGAGGACACCCAGAGUGCUUUGGACCUGACUGAGGGCUGCUUCAAAUACCCGUUAGUGGAGCAGUAUCUGAAGACCAAGCGCUUCUCUCACUGCCUCGUGGUCAAGUACCUGGCAUGCCGGGGCCUGACCCUGCUGAUCCUCCUGCUGGCCUGCCUCUACCUCGGCUACUACAUCCAGCUGGCCUCCUUCACCGACGAGUUUCCCUGUGACCUGCGGACAGGAGUGCUGAAGAACGACAGCAUGGUGCCGUCUGCUGUCCAGUGCAAGCUCGUAGCAGUGGGUGUCUUCAGGCUGCUCAGCUACAUCAACCUGGGGGUGUAUGUGCUUCUUGCUCCGCUGGUUGUGUACGCUGCUCUUGGACCAGCACGUCAGAGCUCCAGCUUCCUCCGGCCUUAUGAGAUGCUGCCAGGAUUUGGUGCUUUGGGCGUGGUCACGCCCUUGUACAACGACCUCAGCAUUUAUCUGCUCUUCCUGCAGGAGAACCUGAGUGAACUCAAAUCUUUUAAGUGUCUGCAGGUGCUCGAGUUAUUGCAAGAGGCUGGCGAUGAGGGCUUUGACACCAUGUGCCUACUGCGAACUCUGGGUCAGGUGAAGACUGAUGUUUUAGACAGUAAGAGGACGUGCUCACGCAAGGACAACAAAAAAACUAAUAAGGCUGAAGAAUGAUUCCUCCAAGGUGAAGGAGCACAUUUACUCGAUCUCUCUGCCUUGUUACUAACUAGCUGACCUGAUGAGGAUAAGCCCUGCUGUGACGGAAAAGAAGAAGUGGGAGCAAACCCUGUGCACUUACUGUUAUCUGAAUUGCUGGUGGCGUAUUGACCUAAAGCAGUGUAAUCCAUAGGAAAACAGAGAUAGCCUUCACUCAUUCACACAUUGUGUAGUUUGGCCACCAUACACUUUACCUGUUAGAUGUCAUAUUUUUAAUAUAUGUGAAUACCCCUCAGAGGAAUGAUUCAGGUCUGAGGCAAUCUGACCCCUGACAUUUUUUUUUUCUGAAAUGAAAUUCCUAUUUUUCAAUUUUUUCUAUGGUACAUGUUACUUUUCUCAGGAUCUGAAAUGCCUUCCAUCAUUAUUCAUAAUAUAAGCCAUGUUCCUUGGACUGAAAACUGUACAUUAAUUUCCCAGGUGCAAGAACCUUCUUACUCCCCCUUUUAAAAAAAAAAUGAGAAUAGUUUCUGAACACUAGGCUUAGAUGUAUUUAUAGCUUUGGUGCAGUAAAUAGAAGAUGUACGAUUGGUACAAUGGAGCCCCUUUGUCUGGGCUGUAAAGCAUGUGGCUAUUUGUGUGUAAGUGUAAUGUUAACAGCAGUGGUGUACUGUAUGUGCAUGUUAGAAGUAAAACAAGACCCUGGG